AUGAGAUCAAUAGCAUUGCCAUUAUUGUUGCUUGUGCUCACUGUUAUGGUGCAUCACACGACAAAGGCCACAUCGGAGGACGAGACAGUCAAGGUGUUGCGAGACUAUUAUAAUAUCACACGUUACACCUACUUCACAACCAAUAGAGUGCUGACAAAGUACCCGCCAGGCUUCUGCGGUGGCUCGCCAAUCGACGACUGUGACUGGGCCAAGUACGGCGAGGCUGUCGUGCUGCUCGGAGGCAUCACCCUGAUAAUCGCACUGGUCUGCCUGGCAUUCGCCAUCCUCUUCUGGAUGGGCAGGUCCUUCUUCUUUGGCGGCUGCUCGCCCACUCACGGUCUCCUCUGUCCUGGCCCCAAGUACGACCCCGAGAUUGGCGAGGGCUACACCUCGUGCCAGGUAUGGGCACUGCGCAUCGUUGUCAUACUCUUUGCCGUGGCCUCUGUGCCACUGUUCAUCACGGCCAUGACUGGAAAUGCGCGCACCACCGAGGGCGUCAACAACCUGGGCAACAUCGUGCUGGACAAGGCCAACAGCACGCUCACCUCCAUUCAAAACAUCACGUUGGAGCUCAACACGACCCAAUUCACCAGAUUGGAUCAGUACACCGACAACAGAAUCUAUGUGAUCAAUGAGUUGAACAAGAUCACAGACCAAGGUCUCAAGAUCCAACACGAUGCCGAGACCAUCAACAACUACACCAGAAAGUUCAACUCUUGGAGACGUGACAUCAUCCUUGCUGGACUCAUCACUGGACUCGUCAUCUGUGUUGCUGUUGCACUCUCUGGAAUAUUAAGUAUUCCAAUUAUCUGUUUAAUCGCUGCAUUGACCUUGGUGAUCGUAUUACCAUUCACAUGGAUCGUGUUCUCUGUUCAUUAUCCAAUCAAUUCGUUGCUCUCGGACACUUGUACAACAUUCAACUCGUCAGGAACUGGAAUAUCGAAUGAGACCAAUCCAAUCGCCUACCAGCUCUACAAGGGCUGCCAGAACGAGAGCAACACAAUCUCUGUGUUCCAGAACCUGGAGGAGCUGGGACUCAAUCUGAUCAACUCGUCCUACAACGAGGCCUGUGGAGACGGUGUCGACAGAGCGUGCAACAUGCCACCAUUCCCACUCUACCCCAACAACGAUUACAAUCAGGCCCCUGUCAGCACCAAGGUGUACGAUUGCACUGGCAUCCCCCCAUGUGGCAACGGCACGACUCAGCUCUACCUUGCGGCGCCCAUCUACGACUUCCAACUCGGUUGUUAUGCGGCCGGCGUGGCAAAUUGUCCCAUGAACGUGCCCAACUGGGACGGCAAUUGCCCAAGUGGUUCCCAACUGAUCUCAUGUAACGUUCGCCAUCUGAGCAACGUUAGCGAGUGUGCCGCUGGUUGUGUGAACCCUGUGCUCAAGAACGUCUCACAAGUGGCCGAAGAUGGUCUGACUGCAUUGGAGGCAUUCCAAGAGAUCUGGGAUCACCAGAUCACACCACUGAUCAAAUGUUCCAACUUGUGGCCAUUCGUCCAAGAUGUCCAGGAAGUAAUCUGUGUUGAUGAAGUCAAUGCACUUGUACUACUUAUCAGCCCAACUGGUCUAUUCGCCAUUCUCAUGAUUGGUGUUGGAAUCACUGCUGUACUUGGUACCAAGAGGUUCAAUUCAAAGGCACGAGCUCAGAAAUCAAUGGGCCAAGAGAUGGCCUAA